CCUCUGUAGAGAGAGAGGGAGUAUCUGUAGAGAGAGAGAGAGAAAAUCAAUGGUCUUUUGAAAUCUGCAACGAUGAAUGUGUUGCGUAGGCUGAAGAGCUUUGCCUCUGGGCGUACCUCCGAUUCUUCUGAUCUCACAGGGGAUGCCGGACCGACAAGACCGGAUAUCGAUCAAGAUCGCCAAGUAUCAGCAUCUACAGCAGACACGACGUCGUCCGAGAGAAAUGCCGAGAAAACGCGAGAAACUGCUGCCCCCGCAGAAAAUUCGGGCUGCAAGGAUAACAAGGACAGUGGCGUCAUCAAGGGCAAUGGGGCAGAAUCUGGGAGGAUUAUUACAGUGAGAAAGAAGGGUCUGAAUGGUCAGCGAGACCAGACCUUCUCUUACAGAUCUGAACAUGUUGUUGGCACUGGUUCCUUCGGCGUUGUUUUCCAGGCAAAGUGGCUGGAGAUGGGAGAAAGAGUAGCUAUCAAGAAGGUGUUGCAGGACAAUAGAUACAAAAACAGAGAACUUCAGAUAAUGAGAAUGCUGCAUCAUUCCAACAUCGUCGAGCUUAAGAAUUCGUUCUUCUCGACCACAGAGAAAGGCGAGCUUUACCUUAACCUCGUUCUCGAAUACGUACCCGAGACUGUGUACCGAGCCUCGAGGCACUACACCAAGAUGAACCAUCACAUGCCUUUGAUUUUUGUCAAGCUCUACACUUAUCAGAUUUGUCGCGCUUUGAACUAUAUGCACCGAGUAGUCGGAGUUUGCCACCGCGACAUCAAGCCGCAAAAUCUAUUGGUCAAUCCUCAUACCCAUCAGCUAAAGAUAUGUGACUUCGGGAGCGCGAAGAUAUUGGUUCCAGGAGAACCGAACAUAUCGUACAUAUGUUCGCGUUACUACAGAGCUCCAGAGCUCAUCUUUGGAGCAACAGAGUACACGACUACGAUAGAUAUGUGGUCUGCAGGUUGUGUAAUGGGCGAGCUACUACUUGGACAGCCUCUGUUCCCCGGUGAGAGCAACGUCGAUCAGUUGGUGGAGAUCAUUAAGAUAUUGGGGGCACCGACCAGAGAAGAGAUAAGGCACAUGAAUCCUCGUUACAAUGACUUUAAGUUCCCUCAACUGAAAGCUCAACCGUGGCACAAGAUCUUUCUCAGGCAGUUGCCGCCAGAAGCAGUGGAUCUUGCUUCGAGACUGCUGCAGUAUUCACCAAACAUAAGAUGCACAGCAUUGGAAGCAUGCGCUCACCCGUUCUUUGAUGAUCUGAGAGACCCGAGGGCUUGUUUGCCAAACGGCCGAGCCAUGCCUCCAUUGUUUGAUUUCACAGCUCAAGAACUGGAAGGCGCAUCUGUUGAAUUGCGUCAACGACUAAUCCCUGAGCAUGCAAAGGAACGAACAAGUUUCGGGUAAAGAUUCAGGAUUCGGACAGUGAAACGAGAAAGCUCUCUUCCUCUUUAGUUCCCAGCCUCUUGGAGAACUGAUAGCUUCUAUGGUUUUUUAUACGCUUAAGAUUUUAAGGUUUUGUUGCUGUAAGAUUCCUUGUCCUCCUCAAUGUGAAAUUAUCUGUAUAAGGUGGAAAACGUUAUUGCUA